GUGAGGCCAUCUCGGAACUGGGGGAUGGGGGCGGAAAGAGGGGCCCUGGUCCCGUCGGGGCUGUUGGAAAAAGCGAGGCAGUUGGCUAUUUCCUCCCACUUGAGGGACAUUCAGAUCGGCCCAGGUGCCUGGCAUGUGAGAGUGCUUUAUCAGGCUGAAGUGGUUCUUAAGGGCCAGUAUUCGGGAGGCGUGUUGUUAGCUCUCAGCAUGGAAGGCCUGGCUCAGCCAACCACAAGGUCCUCGCUCUACUAGGUAAACGCUGAGGGGUGCCCUUGAAGGACAGGAUCCCUGCCAGACCCCACCCCAUCCCUCGGGGAAGCCAGGAAACCGAAGCCAGGGGGCUGGCAAUAGCCAGGCGCCUGGACAGAUGUUACCCUCUCCCCAUUUCCAGACUGUGUUUGGGGGAAGAAGUGGGGGAUGAGAAAGAGCGGGAGGGAGACCCCAAAGCACAGAUAUCUGGCACCAGCUCUGAAGUCAGCACGACGUGUGUGAAUCUCAGCUGCCCCGCUGGCUGGGUGCGAAGUGACUCAGAACAGGUCACCAACCUUCUCCGGGACUGUUUCCCUGGGCUGUUAAAAUAGAAGGGGAGGGGCGCCUGAUGGCUCUGGUUAAGCGUCCGUCUUCGGUUCAGGUCAUGAUCUCGCAGUUCAUGAGUUCGAGCCCCGCGUCGGGCUCUGUGCUGACAGCUCCGAGCCUGGAGCCUGCUUCGAAUUCUGUGUCUCCCUGUCUCGCUGCUCCUUCCCCACUCGUGCUCUCUCUCUGUCUCUCAAAAAUAAAUAAAAAUUUAAAAAAAUUUUAAAAAUAGGAGAAGGGGAAAACUCUAUGACGGCCCGGGGGGUAUAACAGUGGAGGGUAGCAGGGUCUAUCUGGCACACUGCCUGUCACACUGUAGGAACUAAAUGUCAUCGUAGAAGCCCAACAGUAUUGGUGUCGCUGCUGCGUGUUUGAGAGGGGCGGGACUCCCUCCCUCAGACACCGCUGAAAUGUGUGGCUUUCUCUGAACCCACGCUCUGAUAAGUUUUCCAGCUCUGUUGAAUAGAGCUUGUUGGGUGUUUGGCUAGGGAAGGAGAGGUCAGAAGUCACCUUGACUCACCCCCCUCAAUUCCAGACAGGAAAUCCAAGCCUGGGAAAGGAGGUGACCUCCCCAAGGUCUCAUGGUGGGUGGAGCUGGUGUCCAAGACCUCUGGAGGAGGCAUGGGGAAGGCCGGUCCGUGAGGGGUGUGGCGCCGGGAGGCAGGGGUGCUCAGGUUCAGUUUCCAGCCCUUUGAGCUCCCGGAGGAGGAGUUUCCUCUUUCCUCUCAAGGGCAUUUGGCUUUCCAGGCGUGAAUGGCUCAGCGAGCAAGUGUCUGAGUCCCUGUGUCCUGCGAGGGUCGUUUGCCACCUUCACAGCUGGGCUGAGCUGGAGAGAAGGCCGUGCAAAAGCGAGGGGAAGCGAGGGGAAGAGGGACGGGCUUGCAGAUUUCAUGCAAGUGGGCGCCCGCUCCCCUCAGGCUGGGGACUGCCCAUUUCCAGGAGGCGAUAGACGCUCUGGGAGUGCCCAGGAGUGGAGGGAUACAACCCAGGCGCUUCAGAGAAAGCACGUGGUGGGUGCAGCAGGGGGAGGCGUGGGUGCCUGCUUACUCCCCAGCUUGGCCCAAAUCCCGAGUUGCAGAGAGAAAGUGAAAGAGAAAAGGGCGGCUGCAGAGGGUGAGGUGGGGUGGCUGGGUAGCCGAUCUGCCCCAGUCUGGCCGCAGCUCCAGAGCUGGCAGGAGGGCGAGGCCGAUGGCAGCCCGUGGGAGUCCGGGGAGCAGCGGCAGUGGGCAGUGUGCCGCCAUGGAGUUGGGGCCUCUAGAAGGCGGCUACCUGGAGCUUCUCAACAGCAAUGCUGACCCCCUGCAUCUCUACCACCUCUAUGACCAGAUGGACCCGGCUAGAGAAGAGAUGGAGCUCUGCUCAGAACCCGACAUGGACACCAUCAACUGCGAGCAGUUCAGCAGACUGUUGUGUGACAUGGAAGGUGAUGAAGAGACCAGGGAGGCUUAUGCCAAUAUCGCGGAACUGGACCAGUACGUGUUCCAGGACUCACAACUGGAGGGUCUGAGCAAAGGCUUUUUCAUCGAGCAUAUAGGAUUGGAAGAAAUGAUCGGCGAGAGUGUGGAGACGCUGGAGGAAAAGAAAAGUCAGAAAAGAUCCUUCCCAGAGGAGCUGCCCAUGGACUCGAAGCACAGGAAGCUGGCUGAGCCCCUCGCUGUGCCCAUGGUGACUGGCACUUUCCUGGUGGGGUCCGUGAGUGACUCCUCAGCUCUGCCCUGCCUGUCACCCCCUGCUGUGUUCAACAAGGAGCCGGCAUCCAGCCAGAGGUGGCUGAAGGAGACCAUCCUGAUGCCUGUGCCCCCUUCAAGUUCCUUGCUGAGCUGCCUGAGCCUUUCUGCUGGACACAUCCAGAUAGUCCCCACUCUGCCCCAGGGGCUCUGGCAAAUCUCAGGGCCUGGGACAGGGGUAUCUGGUAUGGUCAUCUAUCAAGGUGAGGUGCCCCAGGCCAGCCAGGAGCUUCCUUCCAGCAGCCCCGCCAUACACAGCCUCCCCAAAUCCCCAGAACGGCCCGGCUCCACCAGCCCCUUUGCCCCGUCUGCGGCUGACCUUCCCGGAAUGCCGGAACCAGCUCUGACCUCCCGUGCAGAUGUGACAGAGGAGCAGAUGUCCCCUACCCGAUCCCCGGCAGCUCACGAGGUCUCCAGCCAGCUCCCGAAAUGGCCUGAGCGGGUGGAGAAGUUCUGCAGCGCCCUUCGGGACAUGUACCAGGCUGAGCCCGCAGGCCCGGAAGGCAUCCUGGUGGAGGUGGAACUGGUGAGGGCGCGGCUGGAAAGGAGCAGCAGCAAAAGCCAGGAGAGGGAGCUGGCCACCCUGGACUGGGCAGAGCGGCAGCCGGCCCGCGGGGGCCUGGCCGAGGUGCUGCUGGCGGGGGGUGACCCCCGGCGGCCGCGGGAGACGCAGGUGAUCGCUGUGCUGGGUAAAGCGGGGCAGGGGAAGAGUCGCUGGGCCCGGGAAGCAAGCCGGGCCUGGGCCCGCGGCCAGCUGCCCCAGUACGACUUCGUCUUCUACCUCCCCUGCCACUGUUUGGACCGUGGGGGGGACACCUACCGCCUGCAGGAUCUGCUGUUCUCCCUGGGCCCCCGGCCUCUGCCGGUGGACGAUGAGGUCUUCAGCUACGUCUGGAGGAGGCCCGACCGGGUUCUGCUCAUCCUGGAUGCCUCCGAGGGCCUCGAAGGCCAAGACGGCCUCCUGCACAGCGCGUGUGGACCCGUGUGCACAGAGCCCCACUCCGUCCGGGGACUGCUGGCGGGCCUCUUCCAGCGUAAGCUGCUGCGGGGCUGCACCCUGCUGCUCACGGCCCGGCCCCGGGGCCGCCUGGCCCAGAGCCUGAGCAAGGCCGACGCUCUGUUCGAGGUGGCCGGCUUCUCAGCCGAGCAGGCCAAGACCUACCUGACGUGCUACUUGGAGCGCGCAGGGGCGACCGAGUGCCGAGAGAGAGCCCUGGAGCUCCUCCAGGGUCAGCCUUUCCUCCUCAGCCACUGCCAUAGCCCCACUUUGUGCCGGGCCGUGGGCCAGCUGUCCGAGGCCCUCCUGGAGCUGGGGGGUGAGACGGAUCUGCCCUCCACGCUCACGGGACUCUACGUGGGCCUGCUCGGCCCUGCCGCCCGCGACAGCCCCCCGGGGGCCCUGGCAGGACUGGCCAGGCUGGCCUGGGAGCUGGGCCGCAGACGCCAGGGCACCUUGCUGGAGAGCCAGUUCCCGUCGGCGGAGGCGAGGGCCUGGGCCGUGGCCAAGGGCUUGGUGCAGCCCGCCCCAGGGGCCGCGGCGGUGGGGCUGGCCUUCUCCAGCUUCCUUCUGCAGUGCUUCCUGGGGGCCGUGUGGCUGGCCCUGAGCAGCGACAUCAAGGACAAGGAGCUGCCACAGUACUUGGCGUUGACCCCAAGGAAGAAGAGGCCCUACGACAACUGGCUGGAGGGCGUGCCGCGCUUCCUGGCGGGGCUGGUUUUCCAGCCGCAUGCCGACUGCCUCGGGGCCCUGGCGGGGCCUGCGGCGGCCACCCUGAAGGACAGGAAGCAGAAAGUGCUCACCAGGUACCUGAAGCGGCUGCAGCCGGGGACGCUGCGGGCCGGACAGCUGCUGGAGCUGCUGCACUGCACCCGUGAGACUUUGGACGCUGGGCUCUGGCACCACGUGGUGCAGGGGCUCCCCGCCCGCCUCUCCUUCGUGGGCACCCGGCUCACGACUCCCCACACCUAUGUCCUGGGCAGUGCCUUGGAGGCGGCGGGCCGAGACUUCUCCCUGGACCUCUGCAGCACUGGCAUUGACCCCCCUGGACUGGGGAGCCUCGUGGGACUCAGCUGCGUCACCCAUUUCAGGGCUGCGCUGAGUGACAUGGUGGGGCUAUGGGAGUCUCUACAGCAGCGUGGGGAGGCCAAGCUGCUCCGGGCGGUGGAGGAGAAGUUCACCAUCGAGCCUUUCAAGGCCAAGUCCGUGAAGGAUGUGGAAGAUCUGGGCAACCUCGUGCAGAUCCAGAGGACAAGAAGUUCUUCAGAAGAUACGGCUGGAGAACUCCCUGCGGUCCGGGAUUUAAAGAAGCUGGAGUUCGCGCUGGGCCCCGUCUCAGGCCCCCAGGCUUUUCCCAAGCUGGUGAGGAUCCUCGAGGCCUUUUCCUCCCUUCAGCAUCUGGACCUGGACUCGCUGAGCGAGAACAAGAUUGGCGAUGAGGGUGUCGAGCAGCUGUCGGCCACCUUCCCUCGGCUCAAGGCCCUGGAGACCCUCAACUUGUCCCAGAACAACAUCACCGAUGUGGGCGCCUGCAAGCUCGCUGAGGCCCUGCCCUCGCUGGCUGCAUCCCUCCUCAGGCUCAGUGUAUACAAUAACUGCAUCUGUGACAUGGGAGCCGAAAGCCUGGCGCACGUGCUUCCAGACAUGGGGUCCCUCCGGGUGCUGGAUGUCCAGUAUAACAAGUUCACAGCCGCCGGGGCCCAGCAGCUGGCCGCCAGCCUGAGAAAGUGCCCUCACGUGGAGACGCUGGCGAUGUGGACGCCCACCAUCCCGUUUGGCGUCCACGAGCACCUACAGCAGCUAGAUUCGCGGAUCAGCCUGAAGUGAUUUCUGCGAUGCCCGGGACAAGGUGACUGAGCAUGUUCUCUGAGGACGCCGACCACGCUGGACCUUGAACUGGUUGUUUGUGGACGCGGUGCUUCUUGGGCCAUCGCCCGUGAGUCUCAGCAUCCUGGCGCUUGGCCCUACCGGCUCAGGGCCGGCCCCCACCCAGCUCUGGGAAGGCCUUUGGCCUGCUCUGCGUUCGGACCCAGGCCCGGCUCCAGGCUCCUGCGGGGCCCAGGUCGAUGCCGGCCCCGACGGACGGGUGCACGACCGGUGGUGACGCAGGCCACCCAGGGGCCCUGAGGCAUCCCGCAGGACGCUCCUGGCAGCUGUGGCCGGGCCGGAGUGAGGGAUUGAGGCGGCCACAUCUCUGCCUCCCCAGGUCCCUGUCCGCCUGGGGAGAAGUCACUUCUCUGCACUGCUCUAACAAGGAUGCCGGGUGCUCUCAGGACACGGGCGGCUGGCCCCACCUGCCCAUUUCCCUGUGACAGGCGGGGAGUCUGUGGCAACUGCUGUCCGUCUGCUGGACUCACUGUUUUGCACUAACUUUGUCGAGGUCGAAGCUCCGCCCGGCCAGACACACUGGACUUGAGCCGGAAAGAGCUGACGGUGCUCUAAUGGUGGGGGGAGGGGAGUGGGCCGGAACCACACCUGCCUCUCGGCCUUCACUUCUUGGGUCAUUUUUUCACUACAGUAUAAAGGGCCCGUUGCAUCUCA